AAAUGCGCAGUGAGAAAGACCUCCCUGGUCCACAUUGGUUCAGUGUUUUGGAACCUAACCUGUUAGUCGUUGCACCGCUGUGAAAAGCAUGAAAAGCUGGAUCCUGCGGUUCAGAGGACGAGUGAGAGGAAGGUGCGCACCGACGAGCUGAACCCUCAGGGCUAUCAAUAGGGAACCAUGUGCAGCUCCCUGAGCCCCAAACAGCCCAGCGGCCCUGGCCUCACAGACAUGCAGCAGUACCAUCAGUGGCUGGCCAGUCGGCAUGAAGCUAGCCUUCUGCCCAUGAAGGAGGACCUGGCCCUGUGGCUCACUAACAUUCUCGGUCUGGAAAUCACCGCCGAGAGCUUCAUGGAUCGCUUAGACAAUGGUUUCCUGUUGUGCCAGCUGGCUGAGACACUACAGGAGAAGUUCAGGCAAAGUAAUGGAGACCUGCCUGCCCUUGGCAACAGCAAGCAGAGUAUUCCCUAUCGGAGGAUACCAUGUCGGCAGAGUGCUCCCUCUGGUUCUUUCUUUGCACGGGACAACACAGCUAACUUCCUGGCCUGGUGUCGUGAGGUUGGAGUUGGAGAAACAUGUCUGUUUGAGUCAGAGGGUUUAGUUCUUCACAAGCAGCCACGAGAAGUGUGCCUCUGUCUUUUAGAGUUGGGGCGGAUAGCAUCACGGUACAAUGUGGAGCCGCCUGGCCUUAUAAAACUGGAGAAAGAGAUUGAACAAGAAGAGAAAGUGCCUCUACCUCCUACAUCACCUGUUUCUCCAGCUCAGCCCCUCCCUCCAUCUCCUUCUUCAUCUCCUUCCCCGUCUCCUUCCCCAUCCCCAACUCCUCCCAAAGUGACUUCUAGCAAGAAAAGUACAGGGAAGCUGUUGGAUGACGCUGUAAGACAUAUCGCUGAUGACCCCCCCUGCAGGUGUCCAAAUAAAUUCUGCGUAGAGAGACAGUCGCAGGGUCGAUACCGUGUUGGGGAGAAGAUGCUCUUUAUCCGGAUGCUACACAACAAGCAUGUGAUGGUGCGUGUUGGUGGAGGCUGGGAGACCUUUGAGAGCUACCUGCUGAAACACGACCCAUGUCGCAUGCUCCAAAUCUCCCGGGUGGAGGGCAAGACCUCCCCUGUCAGCGGCAAGUCCCCCAACAUCAAGGACCUUACCCCUGAUAGCUACCUGGUGGUGGCAGCACACUACCGCAGCAAAAAGUGAAGACAUGAGACUGGAAAGUUCCAUUAAUAAAAGGACACAGAAGGUUUACUUCUUUCUGUUGUUUCCUCCAUACUUAAUGGACAUGGCUGUCUAACAUAUGCCAGUUUUUUUUUAUAAAUAUGGUGGCUACAGACACAAUAGCAUUCAUGGAAAGCUCACUUGUGUAAUGGUGAUGCUUGGUUUUGUUUUCUCCUUGCAAGAGAAUGCAAUCUGAUGGAUGUUUGUGAUCAGCUGAAGCCUGGAGUCAUACAAGUAGGCCUUUAAUGUAGUGUUUAGUUUUACAGAACUGCAAAACUAAAGCUUUAAAAAUGUGUUAAUCAAUAUAAUGAGUUAACUGGGUACAAGUGAAGCUGUACAUUUUGUUUUUCAGUCUCUAAUUGUAUUUUAAGCAAUACACAAUAUCACUUAUAGUAGGUAGAAUAUUUUCAGUUUUUAGUGCACAUACUCCUGUAACGCAGUCAACCAGGCCUGUGAAACCUGUCUGCAUUUCGUUAUGUUAAAAACAGAACUUUUCCGAAUGAAGUUAAGCAAGUGGUGGAGGUUUCAGGACCUUCAGGAAGUCAGCAUUCCUUGGCAACCUGGAGUGGAUUCCUUGAUUUGUGUGUAUGUGAUAGCAGACAGGAAGUAGACAUUUUCCUCCAAGGUAUCGUAUUGUUUGUUUUUUACUUGUCUUUUAGCUGAUUCUAAAUGCUUUACAGUACAUUCAAUACAUAGGUGGUUCUAUUGGACUCCACAUUCAAGCAUCAAAUUGAACUUUAACUAUUGGAGGUGGAACCCUUACAAUCCAAAGCAAUGUAAUUAACCAAAUAUUUACAUACUCUCCUAUAUAGUAUUUCUGUAAAAACUACCACAUCUCUCCUAGAAACCAGACAUUGAACUUAAAAUAUAAUAAUGUUUUCUUUAUGAUGUAUUUCUUAUUAGGCUAACAUAAUGACGCAAUUCUUAGAUUGUUUACAUGUUGAAUAACUAUUCUAUGCAAUGCAUUUUAAACUAUUAUCAUUUUUAAUAAUUAUUCAUUAUUAGGAUAGCUCCUGUUUUAUAAUUUCCAUUAUAAGAGCAUGGACAAUCACCUGUACAUGAUGCAGUAUGUAGUGAAAAAGAACCUCAUUAAUAUAAUCCAGCAGAUAUACUCAUUUGAAGUUCUGCAGUUCUUUGAUUUGUUAUAUGUUACUGACCUCUAGAGGCAGUGCAAUCAUCAAAAGGAGCAACCUUCCUAGGUUUAGAUUCUUGAAAUUAAGAGACAUCAUUCACAACUUUGUCAUUCAGUGUAUUCAUAAAUCCAGCUUCUUCCUUGGAAAGUGACUUUGGAACUGUUACGAGAUCAGUGGCUAUGCAAUGUAACACACAGGCUAGUAUGUGUGGUAACUAAGUCCAGUUUUUGUUUUUAGAUGCAAAAUUUCAAUAAAUUCUCAGAACUUGAAUGUUCAA